AUUUUUUUUUCAAACUUCAAAUGUAAACUAUUUCUUUAACGAUGACAAAUAGUGAACACUUUCUCUAAAGUACUGUCAGCGACUGUAGUUAUCAAACUGACGUUUAUUUUGAAACAAAUAUAGCGGAAGCAGCGAGCUUACGUCAAAGUGUUGAGUUGGCUUCGGAGGUUGGCGCAUAUAUUGCCGUUAUGUUGGAGUAAACAACAACAAAAGCUGAAGGUUUUAUGUUGAGACAUGGAGACAAUAGAAGAGAGCACCGUGGUUAAACGAAGCAGUUCGGAGCAGAGGAAGCUGCGUUCUCGUGAUGCAGCCAGAUGCAGGCGAAGCCAAGAGACGGAAGUGUUUUAUGAGCUCGCUCGCACACUUCCGCUCCCUCGCAGGGUGUCCACCCAUUUGGACAAAGCUGCCAUCAUGAGGAUCGCUCUCAGCGUCCUGCGUAUGCAGCGCCUUCUGAGAUCUGGUGAGAAGUCAGGUGAAACCAAAAAGGAGUCGGCUGAGGAUGAUAUGAAGCAAGAGCAGCAGCAGCAGCAGGAGGAAGAGGAGGAUGAGGAAGAGGAGGAUGAGAUGGAUGUGUUCUAUCCACAGGCGCUGGCCGGUUUCGUCAUGGUGCUGACAGAAGAAGGAGACAUGAUCUUCCUGACAGAAAAUGUCAACAAACACAUCGGCGUCACUCAGUUGGAGCUGCUGGGUCAGAGUGUGUAUGAGUUUGUCCAUCCCUGUGACCAGGAGGAGCUCAGAGAUCUGCUGGCUCCACGUCCAGGAUUAAGUAAGAAAUCAGCCAAAGAGCAACCAACUGACAGGAACUUUUUCCUGCGAAUGAAAAGCACAUUGACCAGCAGGGGGCGCACGGUCAACAUCAAGUCUGCUACAUGGAAGGUUCUUCACUGCACUGGUCACAUGCGUCCCUUUGGUGGCAGCUCCACAGCGCCUCCUGCAGCCAGAGUGAUGACUGUGCUGUGUGAGCCCAUUCCUCAUCCGUCCAGCGUGGAGUUUCCUCUGGAUACGUGCACCAUCCUCACCCGCCACAGUAUGGACCUGCGCUUCACCCACUGUGAGGGCAGGGUUUCAGAGUUAGUAGGAUACAAACCGGAUGAUCUGAUUGGACGCUCGGCCUAUGAAUUUCAUCAUGCGCUCGACUCUGACCAUGUCAACAAAAGCCUGCACACAUUGCUGACGAAAGGUCAGGUGAUCACCAGCCAGUACAGAUUCCUGACCAACAAUGGCGGUUUCGUCUGGGCUGAAACGCAGGCCACCGUCCUCUACAGCAACAAGACGUCGCAGCCAGAGGCCGUCGUCUGCCUCAACUUCAUACUCAGUGCCAUCGAGCAGCCAGACACUGUUUUCUCAGUGGAGCAGAUCAGAUGUGGCGCGGUGCUCAAGGAUGAACCUCUCUCACCAGCACCUGCAGCAGAGGCCUUUGAGAUCUCUGAUCCUGAAGAGGAGCCUCUGAGCAGCUCCGCCCAGACUGAGGAUGCCGGUUCAAAUCCCAGCAACGCUGCAGAGCUCCUGAACAAGCCAGAGAAGCCAGAUGAGGUUCAGUUGGCCUCUGAGAACAACGACACCGACAGGAGAACAGCAGGAUUUGUGGAGCUGUCGUUCAUCAGUUCACCUACUCUGACCUCGGUGCCCGACCACCCUGAGAAACUCUGCACCCCACAGCUGCUGCAACUCCUCACACCCAUCUUUGACCCCCUGACCCCGCCCCCGUCCACCUCACCGGCCCCAGCAGACAAUUCUGCUCUGAGCUCCGGUGAGGUGGAGAUGUUACCAAGUGAGGUGGAGAAGCAUUUUGCCAUUUGUCCAACAGAUGAGCAACAGGAAGGAAACAUGCUGGAGAACAUGGAUGAAAUGGAUCUGGAAAUGUUGGCCCCUUACAUCUCCAUGGACGAUGACUUCCAGCUCACCUACUUAAAGGAUAGGAAGACAGCUUGUUCUCGUUAUGUUUGUAGAAUUUUAAAACUUUUGUCUCUCUGUGUCUUCAGGACUCACAGUGCAGAUGAGGACACACUGUCCGUGCUGUUUCAGGACAAGAGGCAGAAACAAGAGGCCAUGUCAACAGAAGAGGACAUUUUUCUCAGCCACAAAAUGCUGGACAGUCUGGAGCAAACCGACCAAUCGGAUAUUUUGCUAGACUCGGGACCAAGUGGGCGGAGUCACCUCCUCACAGACAGGGACCCUGUGUUAGGAGGCAUACAGGGCCUGUGUGAUACUGCAGCUCUGAUCAGAGAUUUGUUCAAACCACGGUGUCGUGGGCUGUCGCCGCCACUGUCACCCCUGACCUGACAGAAGAGCUGUUGAUCUAUGGGACGGCGGGACUGCCAACACAGCAGCCAGACGGAACAAAUAUAAAAAUGUACCACGCCAUAAACAUGUAAAGUCAUGACGAAUACGGACUCACACAUGCUGUAUGCUGUAAUCAUGCUGAAGGGUUUAGCAGACCUCACUGCAUGUAGCUAAACCAGUAGAGGUCACUGAUGUGUUCCUAUCUGUCUCCUAUCAUUAACCAGAGUCGGUGAUGUUCCUUUUCUCCUUCUCAAAUAUUGCACACACUCUUCAUGUCACAUGGUUUCCUGCGUCAUUUUGGGGCCUUGUGUCAUCAGUCUGUUCAAAAAAGAACCAGCAGGUGGUGCUAAAUGUGUGAAAGAUUCAACUGUGCUGCAUGUGUUAAAACAGUCAGGUGAACCUGUGCAGCUAAUGUCCUAAUCUGUUUUGGUGCUUAUAUAUAAUCAUGUAAGGCAGGAACUCCCAGAAUUCUCGGUUGACCUUUGACGAGGUUGUUCCUUUCAUUUUUUAAAAAAAAAAUUGCUCUCACUGCCUUAAACAACCGAAACAAUCGAAGCAUCUUGCGAAUAUCAGUGGCAUCGUUUUGCAGUGGCAUAUUUUUUAUACACCCGUGCUAAACCAUUUUUUUAAAACAAUGCAUCUAGCAGACAUUCUCAACUGUGAAAUUGAUCUUCGUGUUAACUUUAGUGUUAACGUGUUUGUUGCGCUGAGGUAUGUAACACAGUGGGCGAGGCUUAUAUCGAACACUCCCUCUGAGCUAAGGCAAGGUUAUAGAGGAAGUGUUAGAUGCAGAAAUGUUUGUUUUUAAUUCUCGUGCACCUUUUAAUUCAAUGUUUAAACCAUAAUCAUGACCUUUCAGCGCAGACACAGUUAGUACGAGCUUAUUAAACACUAUUACUCAUGUAUUUUGUCUUAAGUUUUAUAUAUAACAGCUGAGUAGAGUAGAGUAGUAUUUCUCAGCAGUACACUUUUUUCAUCCUACUUUGCUUAUUUUACUACAUGAGCGUUAAAGCUACCUUAAUGUGAAAUUCAAUUUGACUUCUUGUUUACUUCAAAAAGCCACAGCUUUUUCCUAGCUGUCUCCAACCCCUCCUCUCACCUUGUGAUUAACAUUUCAAUAACAAACUGUUACCUGUAACAUUUGCUCUGAAUGUUUCUGGUGAUUUGAAAUGAUUUGAAAAAAAGUUAAAUAUUGUUUUCAUUUUUUAUGUUUAUCCUGUUUGCAUUCUUAAACUAAAUAAACCUCUUGGAGCAAAAACUG